GAAGGUGUGGCUGAGCCCCGCCUGAACCGAGCGCUAAUAACCGAGCAAGUUGGGCAUGAUGAGGUCGUAUUACCACACGCAUCAUCUCAUCUAAGAACUCACCGCCAAAGCCUUUACACUUUAUUCAAAGACAAUUGAAACUCAUAAAUUAUGGCUGCGCAAGCGAAAGAGCCACAGAGUCAAAAAGGUUACGUGCCUUUGAUUAACAAGGUCGACAAUGUCCCUCUAGACUUUGAUUUCAACACUCUCUACAAGCUCUUUCUCCCCAAUGAUGUUAGACCGCAGGGAUUCAUGGUUCCAAGCACGGUAGAGCGUCUUCCGUGGACCCCAGACUUCCACAUCGACCGUGAGAAGCGCACAGUGCAGCUGCUCAGCUCCGCGAUCAAAGACGGCGAGAAUCCCGGCAAGGCGUACACAGCUGCCUUCCAGCGCGUCGUCGACGCCGCUAUCGCGUCUGAUUCUUUCCCCUCACUGAACAAGCUCCACAGCGAGCAAUUCAGGAUCAUCGGCGCGAACCACUUUGUCUCAAUUGAGCGAUUUCCAGCACCUCUGUUUGGAAUUUCGUCGCGCGGGGCACACAUGACGGCCUACGUCCAGACGAGCGAAGGGAUGAAGAUCUGGGUGCCCAGGCGGAGCGCGCACCUCUUUACCUUCCCGAACCUACUCGACACCACUGUUGCGGGCGGUGUCAAGGCCGAGGACUCGCCCUUUGACUGCAUCAUCGCCGAGGCGACGGAGGAGGCGUCGCUGCCGGCAGACUUUGUCAAGGAGAAUGCCCGGGCUGUUGGCGCAGUGACGUACUGCAGCUUGAACAAGCAAAGAGGAACGUUCUUCCCGACUGUUCUCUACGUCUACGAUCUUGAGCUGCCAGAGUCGAUUGUCCCUAAACCAGGCGACGAUGAGGUUUCUGGGUUCGAACUGAUGACGAUUGGCCAGGUCAAGGAUGCCAUGCUGGGAGAACAGUUCAAGCCCAAUUGUGUUCUGGUCAUGCUCGACUUCUUCAUCCGCCACAACAUCAUCACGUCCGAGAAUGAUGAUGAGUAUCUGGAGAUUGUCACUAGGAUGCGGCGGCAUCUCCCGGUACCGACCAGUCCGGAGCGAAGAUGAUAGAUCACACUCAUGCCGAACCGUUGGCAAGCUGAGCCGAUAGACAUUCUGAUCCAUAUGGAUACUAGACUCAUGUUAUUGUAGAUCAUCUGUCGGAAUAGAAGUCAGGUUCGCGGGCCGAGAAAGUCAAGCAUCUCAAGACUAGAACUCUCACACGACAACAACACCCGAGCUGUUUGGGGGAAUCAUCCGCCUAAAUCCACUGAGCAGUCAUUUUCUCGAAAUGUGUAUGAACAGUAGUAUGAUCACUUGUAUUAAAUGAACCGAAGCAGAAACAAGUACAAAAGUGUGAUUUGAUCU